AUGAGCUUCAACCGCCUCCUAAAGGAGGCGUCGGCGGAGGCCAAGGACGACUACUCGCCGCUGCCGCCGCGCGAGGCCAAGGGCGCCAAGGGCGGCGCGACGCCGCCGCUCGACGCCGCGGCCGCCGCGGAGCUCGUGAACCUCGUCUCCGAGUACCUCUUCGACCUCUUCGACGCGAACCUCAUGGACGAGUUCCUCGCGCUCGAAAAGUUCGAGGUCGACUGCGCGGACGAGUUCGACCCCGACGCCGAGGAGUUCACCUUCGCCCAGGAGCGGCUCCACCGCGAGUUCGUGGGCAUGAUGGAGGGCUACGUGGAGGCGUACAUCGCGGGCCUGGGCCGGUCCCUCGACGACUUCUACGAGGCCGUGCGCCUCCAACGAGACGACGAGUCGCAGGGCGGCAGCGACGCGCGCGAGUGCGUCGAGGUGCUCUUCGAGAUGGCCGACAUCACGGUGUGGGCCACGGGCAUGCGCGCGCGCGCGCGCCACCGGCGCCUCGAGCGCGAGGCGCCGAAGCUCGCGCCGCCGCGGCCGCGGCCGGCCGCGUCGCCGUGCGAGGUCUACCUGGAGACGCUGCAGCACCUGCGGCCCGAGGGCCCCUGGGCCGAGCUGCGCGAGCUGCCGGACCACCGCUGGCGCACCUUCGACCUCAGCGCCAAGUUCGCGCGCGUGCUCGCGGAGCGGCGCGUCGCGCGGCCGGCCGAGGCGACGAUGAUCCUGCGCUUGCUCUUCGAGGAGGACGAGGUCGGCAAGCGCGCCCUCGCCGCGCGCGACGACCCGAGCGGCCAGCGGUGGGACGGCGGCGGCUGGGCGCCGACCGAGGGCGAUUUGGCGGGCGUGCGGCCGGGCACGCGGCCGUUGACCGCCGGGGAGGUCGUGGAGAACUGGGACGAGGUGCUCCGGUGGCGCUGUUUAGCGGCGUGGCAAGCGGAGGAUCGCGCCUUCUCCGAGGACGCCAUCGACGCGGCCUGCGCGGCGACGAUCCGGAGCCGGCUCCGGACCGACGCGGCCGGCGUCGCGGACGCGCUGUCCUGGCGGCCCGACGCGCUCCGCGCGCUCCGGGCCGCCUGCGACGCCGGCACGGUCGACGAGGCGCUCGUGCUCGUGCGCGCGGACCUGCUGGGCUUCGCGAACGCGCCCGACGACCGCGAGACGCUCGAGGGCUGGCGCCGCGUCGUCGGCGGCGUGUUGCCCGGCGCGGACUGCGCGCUCGCGACGGGCGCGCUCGACGUCGCCGACGAGAUCGAUUUGUACGACGGGCAGACCCUCUACUACGGCGGGAGCCCCCAGCUCACGCUGCAGCUGGGCGCCGCGCUGAAGCAGGAGGUCGACGCGCGGACCGCGGGGCUCCACCUCUGCCGCUGGGUGAAGCGCUGGACGCCGGGCGGCGCGCCGCCGCCGACGCUCACGUCCUUCAACAUCAUCCAGCUCGAGAACGACCACCGCGACUUCCGCCUGGCGCUCGGGCUGACCCCCUCCCCCGGGGGCAAGGGGGCGCGGGACUAA